AUGAGGCUUCGCAAGGCGAAAAACAGUCAGGAUGCAGAUGCUCUGUCCACGUUUUCAAAAUGGCUACUCGAUAUUGGGGAUGGCAAGAUCAACGAGCUUAACAGUGGCGAGGUCGAAAUAGAAAUACCCGAGGAUUUAUUAAUUGCUGCAUGUGACAAUCCUAUACAAGCAAUUGUUAAACAGAUAUACGGUACAUCAUUUGCAACAAUGACCGAUGCAAAAUUCUUUUGCGAAAGAACUAUUCUUAGUCCAAGUAAUGAUGACGUCGAUAAAAUAAAUCAAUAUAUGCUCUCCCAACUUCCAGACAGCAUCGAGACUUCCGAUACAAGUGCAUACGACGAUAUGAUCUACACUCAGGAAUUCUUAGACAGUAUUCACGUUUCUGGAUUACCUAACCAUGUUCUGACGCUGAGAAAGGGAGCACCUAUCAUGUUGAUUAGGAAUAUUGAUCCUAAAGGACGUUUAUUCAAUGGUACGAGAUUGAUUGUCACUCAAAUGGCUAAUCAUGUUAUUGAAGCAAGGAUUGUAACAGGUAAAAGAAACGUCAACGAUAAAGUUCUUAUCCCUAGGAUGUUUGUGUUGCCAUCAGAUGUAAAGUUUCCUUUUCGUAUGAGACGUCGUCAGUUUUCCAUUGCUCUUGCAUUUGCGAUCACUAUAAACAAAAGCCAAGGUCAGACGUUGGAACAUGUUGGAUUGUAUCUACCCAAGCCUGUAUUUACACAUGGUCAACUAUACGUUGCAUUUUCUAGAGUGACAAGCAGAAAAUGA